CCAUAAACACACUAUCAACAACAAAACCAUGCACUCACCUCACAAGACUGAGCUAAACUCAGAACAACCCAUGGAUACACAAAUGUCAGAACCCUCAUCGGAGCCACCGUCACAACCACCUUCACAACCACCGUCAGAACCACCACAACUCCAAAACGACAACAUAACAAUCUCCCCUGAAAACCAACCUCAAAACUCCUCUGAUUCAUCCUCCCAACAACAGCAACAACAACAAGAACAAGAUCCAAACCCUAACCCUACCCUACCACGAAAACGACGUCGUCGGAAGAAAUUCUUCACAGAAUUAACCGCAACAACUUCCCUCUCCAAAACCCGCAAAAACGACGUCGCUAAAGACUGUGACGACGAAGCCCUAAUUGCAAUUUCAGUAGGGUUUCCUGUAGAUUCUUUAACGGAGGAAGAAAUUGAAGCGAAUGUGGUGAAAACAAUUGGUGGGUCGGAGCAAUCGAAUUACAUUAUUGUUAGGAAUCAUAUUCUUGCACGUUGGCGAUCGGAUGUGAAUGUUUGGUUGACUUAUGAUAAGGCGGUGAAGUCGAUUCGAUCCGAACAUAAGGGUUUGGUUGAUGUUGCUUAUAGGUUUUUGAUUGAGCAUGGUUAUAUUAAUUUCGGUGUUUCACCGGAGAUUAAAGCGAAGAAAAAUAGUUCUUUUGAUGGAAUUGAGAGAGGGAGUGUGAUUGUUAUUGGUGCCGGGUUGGCGGGGUUGGUUGCCGCGCGACAAUUAGUGUUUUUAGGGUUUAAAGUUUGUAUUUUGGAAGGUAGGGAUCGACCGGGUGGGAGGGUUAAGACGAAGAGGAUGUUUGAUGGUGGUGGUGGUGGGGAUGGGGAUGGUCUUGUGGCUGCGGCGGAUUUGGGUGGUAGUGUUCUUACCGGUGUUAAUGGGAAUCCACUUGGUGUUCUUGCUAGACAGUUAGAUUUGCCGCUUCACAAGGUUAGGGAUAUUUGUCCACUUUAUAUGCCGGAUGGAAAAUGUGUUGAUUCUGAGGUUGAUUCUAGGGUUGAGGUUUUGUUUAAUAAGUUGUUAGAGAGGGUAUGUAAGCUUAGGCAAGCUAUGAUUGAUGAGGUUAAGAGUGUUGAUGUUCCUUUAGGGACAGCGUUGGAGGCGUUUCGUAGGGUUUAUAAGGUUGCCGAGGAUAAAGAAGAGAGGAUGUUGUUGAAUUGGCAUCUUGCUAAUUUGGAGUAUGCAAAUGCUACUCUUAUGUCGAAUUUGUCUAUGGCUUAUUGGGAUCAGGAUGAUCCUUAUGAGAUGGGUGGUGAUCAUUGUUUCAUUCCGGGAGGGAAUGAGACGUUCGUGCGUGCUUUGGCUGAGGGUCUUCCAAUUUUCUAUGGGAGGACUGUGGAGUGUAUUAAGUAUGGAAGUGAUGGUGUGUUGGUGUGUACCGAUGGGCAGCAGUUUCGUGCGGACAUGGCGCUUUGUACUGUGCCUUUAGGGGUUCUUAAGAAAGAAUCGAUUAAGUUUGUCCCUGAUCUUCCUCAGAGUAAGAAGGAUGCAAUUCAUAGGUUAGGAUUUGGGUUGCUGAAUAAGGUUGUGAUGCUGUUUCCGACUAAUUUUUGGGGUGGGAAUAUCGAUACGUUUGGUCAUUUGACCGAGGACUUGAGCAUGAGGGGUGAGUUUUUUCUGUUCUAUAGCUACGCUUCUGUGUCUGGAGGACCGCUUCUCGUGGCUCUUGUUGCCGGAGAAGCUGCUCUUAGAUUUGAGAUGAUGUCGCCGUUGGAGUCUGUCAAAAGGGUGUUGGAAGUUUUGAAGGAUAUUUUUCAUCCGAAGGGGAUUGUUGUUCCGGAGCCCGUUCAGGCAGUCUGUACUCGAUGGGGGAAAGAUGAAUUCGCUUAUGGAUCUUAUUCUUAUGUUGCUGUUGGAUCUUCCGGAGAUGAUUACGAUAUACUUUCAGAAAGUAUUGGAGAUGGGAGGGUGUUCUUUGCUGGAGAGGCAACUAGCAAACAGUACCCUGCAACAAUGCAUGGAGCAUUCAUGAGUGGAAUGAGAGAAGCUGCAAACAUUUUAAGAGUUACAAAGAGGAAGUCUCAAAGUUCAGUGCCAUUCAACGCAACAACAAACAUUGAUGAGGAGAAUGACGAUUUAGACAACCUAUUUGUGAAACCUGACCUGAGUUUUGGGAGCUUCUCUGCAUUGUUUAAUCCAAACCCGAAUGAUCUUGAUUCUAGUUCAAUACUUAGGGUUAAAAUUGGAGGAGCUGUAUCAAAUUCCCCUAGUCUUUAUCUUUAUGCAUUGCUUUCGAAGAAGCAGGUCAUUCAGUUGAGUCAGAUCGAAGGAGACGAAAAUCGGAUGAGAAUGUUAAAUCAUGAUUUUGGGGUCAGUUUAGUUGGGAAGAAAGGUUUAAGUAGCACUGCUGAAUCUCUUAUUGCCAACAUAAAGUUGUUGAGACCUCAGCUUAAUGAAGCAGAAAAUGGUCUUGUCCAUGGGAAGGAUAGUUGUAUCAUGGAAGAAUAGAACCUACUGGCCCCAGUUAACUGUAUUUUAAUUUUCAACUAAACCUAAUUAGUGUAUGACAUUUUUUUUCUCCUCACUGUUGGCAAUUUUUCUUAUUGAUUAUCCAUACUUUUUUUGUAAUGAUAUUCUAUACUGAACUAAUUGAUUUGUCACUGCUGUAUUAUAUUGUUUUCUGAUUAA